AUGGAUGGUCAAGUGGAGAAGGUGUAUGUUGCUCUUGGAAAUGAUUUACAAGAUGGAUUCAAGACUUUGGAUUGGACACUUAGGAAAUGGAAAUCCAGUCCAAUCUCCAUAGUCAUUCUCCAUCUGACCUGCAGUGACAUUUCCAAGGAUUUUGUUUACACCCCAUUUGGGAAGCUUCCUGCCAGCUCUGUGAGCGAUGAGAAACUGGAAGUUCUAAGGAAGUUUGAGCAAGAAAAGAUAGACAAGUUGCUGUCCAAGUACAUUGCUUUCUGCGGAAAGAUGAAGGCUGACAUUCUGAAAGUUGAGAGAUCAGAUGAAACCAUCUAUAAAGCCAUAGUAGAUUUGAUCUUCACACACAGGAUAACCAAAUUAGUCAUGGGAAUUACCUUCAUGAAGUCUUCUUCAUCAUGGAGAUCGAAGAGUGCAAUUAGUGGAUCGUUCUACAUUCAUCAGUACAAGCCGAAUUUUUGCGAGCUCUUCAUUAUCUGCGGAGGAAAGCUGGUGUUCCUUAAAGGAGAAAACGAAGAAGGAACCAUGGAAGAUGAUCAAGGAGUGAUGGUUGCAAAAAAGUCCAGCUUUAGAAGUUGGUUAGGAAAAAUGUUUACGGACAAUUCCCACGAUUCUCAUCGGUUAUCUGCCUCAUCAAAAACCCUGGACUCGUUGCAUUCACGAAAUCAGUGGGAAGAUUUUGCCCCAGAGAUUGAAAAUUAUUUCAAGCAUUUGCUGUCUUUGAAUUUAGAUGAAGAAAUCUGCAAGGAAGAGAAUGAAAUUUUGCAGGCUAGUUUAACAGAAUCAGAUGUGGCAGAAGAUGACGAUUCUACUAUGGUGAUGACUGUUGCAGCAAAAAUGGCGUCUAUGCGAAGCAAAGUAGAGGAAGCCCAGAAAAUGAUUCAAAAGAAGAGGGAAGAGAGUAAAGUCAAUUCACAAAGAUGUGCGAAAGCUGAAUGGGCUAUAUGUUUAUGCAAUAGCCGGGUUGAGGAACUUGAAGCUAAGAUAAAAGAAGAUUUCUUGAAUCGAAUAGAUUUAAGUAAAAGCUUAGACGCUGAGAAGGAACAAAUUCAAGAAACCAGACGUGAUGUUCAAGAAAGCAAGAACAGGCUAAGCUCACUUGCUGAGCUCCAGUCAGAGCUCUCAAGCAAGCUCCAAACAUCAACUAUGGCAAGAUCACACGUGGAGGUUCAGUUAGAGAAGGCAGUCGUUGGAAGAGCAGAAAUGGUUAGAGAGAUCGAGGAGCUACGGAGGCAGAGAGAUGUUCUUCAGCGUCGAAUCGAGUUCUGUAAGGAGAAGGAUGCAAUAGGAGCGGUAGCGAAGUUGAAUGAGUUGAAGUGUGGUUACAGAGAGUACACUGCAGAAGAUAUCAGGUCAGCAACAGACAACUUCUCGGAGAGUCUGAGAUUGAAAUCCGGAGGAGAUUGGACAAAUGUAUACCGUGGACGUAUCAAUCACACGACUGUUGCAAUAAAAAUGCUCAAUUCCGAUCAUGGAUUUCCUCAAGAAGCUUUUCUAGCUAAGGUGAAGGCACUUAGCAGCAUUAGACACCCACAUUUGGUUGCCAUGAUAGGGUUUUGCUCCGAGCCAAAAUGCUUCAUUUUUGAAUAUAUGCACUAUGGAAGCUUACGGGACAUCUUGUUUUCUUCCUCUAAAAGAAACCGAGCCUUCCGGUGGAAUGAUAGGAUCCGGGUAGCCUAUGAGAUAUGUUCAGGCCUUGGCUUCCUCCACUCAGCUCGGCCUCGGCCUAUUGAUCACGUUCCGUUGACUGCGUCGAAGGUCCUAAUCGACCGGAAUCUAUUUGCUAAGAUCAGUAGUAGGUUCAGACUAACUCAGAGUUCAGAUGAAAAGGAAACGCUGCCCAGUAUUCAGGCUUUUGGAGUUUUAUUGUUCCAGCUUUUGACUGGGAGAAAUUGGACUGGGUUGGUCGAAGAGGUGAUGGCAAUGGAUCAGACAGACCUGUUUAGGGUUUUGGAUGAGAGGGCUGGACAAUGGCCAUUGGAUUUAGCCCAGGAACUUGUUGGGAUAGCACUGAGGUGUUUUGCGAUUAACCAGGAGCGCAGUACAGAUUUCAGUCUGCCAAAAGCAAGGGAAGAGCUUGAAAAGAUUAGAAGAAAGGCUGAUGAUCUAGUUGCCAAAAGUGGAUGUCAGGUGGCUGUUAAUGGAAGUAUCGACGAUAGAGAAGACUCGAUCGAAGCACCAAGCAUGUUCCUCUGCCCCAUUCUGCGGGAGGUAAUGAAAAAUCCACAUAUUGCAGCUGAUGGAUUUUCGUACGAGUUGGAAGCCAUUGAGGAAUGGCUAAGCAUGGGGCGGGAUACAUCACCGAUGACGAACUUAAUGCUCAAGCACAAAUUCUUAACUCCAAAUCACACCCUUCGUUCCCUAAUUCAAGAAUGGAUGAGAAGGAAGUCAACUGCUUCAUGA